GUUUCCUGUGUUCUGCUCUGACCUGGCUGCUGCACCUGUGAACAGCCGUGUACACCUGACCGGGCGUGUGAACUCACCUGGGCGCCGCGGGGAGGACGAGGAGGCUGCCGGACGCCAGAGCCCAGGACAGGGGGUGGACGAUGGCGUUCGUGAAGAGCGGGUGGCUGCUGCGGCAGAGCACCAUACUGAAGCGCUGGAAGAGGAACUGGUUCGACCUCUGGUCCGACGGCCACCUGGUCUACUACGGCGACCAGACCCGGCAGAGCAUGGAGGACAAGGUGCACCUGCCGGUGGACUGCAUCAACCUCCGCGUGGGGCUCCAGUGCCGCGACGUGCAGCCGCCCGACGGGAGGCCCCGAGACUGCAUGCUGCAGGUGGUUUGCCGGGACGGGAGGACCGUCAGCCUCUGUGCGGAAAGCCCGGACGACUGCCUGGCCUGGCAGUUCACACUCCAGGACUGCAGGACAAACACGGCUUACGUCGGCUCGGAAGCCGUCUACGACGGCCCCGCGGUGGGCGCCCCGCCUCCGCCUCCGCCUCCGUACACGGCCUACCCGGCUCCGGACCCCGAGGCCUACGGCUACUGCCCCUACGGGGCUGCGUACGCGCCGCCGGGCGCGCAGGUCGUCUACGCCGCCGAUGGGCAGGCCUACGCGGUGCCCUGCCAGUACCCCUACGCAGGGCUCUGCGGGCCGCAGCCCACCCGCCACAUCAUCGUCCGGGAGCGGCACCCCGGCGGCGACGGCGACCUGGCGCUGGGCAUGCUGGCCGGGGCUGCCACGGGCAUGGCCCUCGGGUCCCUGUUCUGGGUCUUCUAGGUCCCGGGGCCGGACGUGCAGGCCUCGGACGCCCCUGCACAGGCCUGUCACCGCCAGGCGGUCCAGUGCGCGGUGAACAUCCUUGGUGAACAUCCUCAGUGAUUGCUCCCAUCCUUCUUUCGAAAGUAGUGACGUCAUAGCUCCAACCCACCCACAGGAGAACCACAGGGAAGGCCGUUGGGCCGACACCUGGACUCGUUCCGGUGGCUCCUCCUAGAGCUCCCGGGGGCGUCACUGGAACGCAGCCAGUGGGCUCGGCCCUGGAGGGCGGUGUGGCAUGUUGGGGACUGUCGUCUAGGGCUGUGCUGGCGGCACGGUGAGGCACGGGCCAGCGGGAGCCUGGCCGG